AUGGUGUGUGUUGGACUACUUCAGUGUUAUGUGAGACGUCACAGGGACCAAAGAAGAGUAAACAUUAUUGGGGCACCACCCCCUGUAGUGCAAUCGCCCUCCCCUGCAGGACCCCGACAGAACCCACUGACAAGCAAAUUACUUGACCGGGGCCACACCAACCACAAGUCAAGGCACACGGAGACACGCCUUUGUGCAGUACUCAUGGACACAGGGGGUGUGUGCCUCAAAUACACCCACACACAAAGGCACACACAACCAUCGAACACACAGACAAUGUCAAUUCAUUUAGAGUUUUGGAAGUCCUGGUCUUGGAGUCCGGCAGUCCUGGAGUCCUGGAGUCCUGGAGUCCUGGAGUCCUGGAGUCCUACCGGCCGCCAGUCUGUGGUUCUGGGCAAACAAACAAAUAAUGAAAACAGCACAAAAGGGCGAGAAAAUGAGGGAUACGAAAAGCGUGGGGCGAUGUAAGGUUAGCGGUGGGCGUGGGCGUGGGCCGAGAACAAAGUGGAAAAUUCAUAAAAUGUCAUUGUCGCUUUAUUAAAACGCGCCAAAACCUUCACGAUUCCCCACUUGCAGCGCCAUCUAACCCCCAAUCUAACACACAAAUAUACAGUGAG